CUGUAGGAGGCGACAUACACACAGUUAAAGCUCGACGGCGACUGUUGACACGUGUAGAAAUGCUGGCGCUGCAAUUGGAUGAUGACCGUGCAGCUGUGUCGGGAACUUAAGCACGCGCGCUAUAUUUAUCGCGGUUUGUGAUUACCACAGAACAGGCCGUAGGAUGUCUGCGGACGAGCGGGUUGCCUUUCAUCGACGUGACCGGGAAGCGCUGCUCGCUCCCCGACCUGCCCCCGACGCCGGGCACGUCGCUCCACAGCAGCAGCACCGGGUCAAUGGCAGACCCAUCCGAACUCUCAGUGAUUUGGUCGCCAGUUGGCCCGACUAUGAGGAAUCCACCCCCACAGAGCCGGAGCUGGAUGACUGUGAGCGGCUGGGCACUUUGUUCGGGAUGCUCAACAAGUGUUUGCGGGGGAUCGGCUUCAGCCAGAUGUACUUUGGGGACAAAAUUGUGGAGCCAGUGGUGAUCGUCUUCUUCUGGCUGCUGCUGUGGUUCUUAGGUAUUCAGGCCCUGGGACUGGUCGGAACAUUGUGCAUCAUCAUCAUUUACAUCCAGAAGUAACAAGAGCUUAUGAUGAGUGAAUCCUUCUCUCGUCUUUGUUCACAUUUUGGGCUCUUUUCAUUGUAAAGGCUGUUUGAUUUGGAAUGUGUACACUAAGGGCAGUAGCAUUGGACUGAGCUGUGCUGCUGUGCUGUGUCUUGGACAAUUGAAAUCUUUUUCACCUUUUUCACAAGAGUCUCAUGUGAAACCUCAGUCAUUUGCUGGCUGAAUGCAUUUAGUAAUGUGACAUAAUGGUAUAAAUUGUAUUUAAGAGGCUACAGUACGAAUGUCAGAACUCAGGAAACAGGAUUUCCCACCUCUGGGUGGUUUCUUUCAGUCCUUUCAAUGAUGUCUACACAAGCUGCAGUAAUCCUCCUGUAAUUAAUCAAUUAAAAUCACAUUAAUUCAGUUUACUUAUAUAGCGCCAAUUCAUAUCAGAAGUUAUCUCAAGGAUCUUUACACUGUUUAGGACCUUCCUGUAGAUGAGGACAGAGAGGGAGAGGCACAACUACAGGAACAGACUUAAAGUUAAUCACAUAUAGAUGGGCCUCAAGUCUGCUCUUAAAAUUUGAGAGGGUGUCUGUGUCUAGAACCUGGCCUGAAGCUGGUUCCACAGGGAAGCUUGGUAGCUAAAGGCUCUGCUUCCCGUUUUACAUGUAGAACCAGAAUCUAAAACUACCAGUAGACUAGCUCUGAGAGAGCAGCAAGGUGAGCUAUGAGGUCUGGAAAACAAGAUGGAGCUGAUCAUUAAGAGCUGAAGAGAAGAAAUUUCAGGAUAGACAAACUGAUGUAGGAGAAACGUGAUCUCUGUUCCACAGUCCAGUCAGACUCUAGCUGCAGCUUUUCAAAGAGUCACUGGACAAACUGAGUACAGGGGUGCAAUCGUCCAGCCUGGAGGGAACUAAUGAUGGAGUCAUGGUUCAGCAUCAUACUUACAGAGGAUACUAGUUUUAGUGAUGUCUCUUAGAUGGAAGUAAGAUGCUGAGAGAUUUCUAUGAUGUAUGAUGUGAAGGAGAGAUGUUGGUCUAAGAUGACACCAAGGUUCCAGAACCUGAAGCUACAUCAUGUCAUCCAGAAGAACCAUCUGAUUCAAUAACGGAUGUCAUCUGCAUCGCAAUGAACAUUUAUAGUGUAUCCUGUAUGUAUAGACAGAAAAGUAUUGGACCAAGCACAGAACCCUGAAGAACUGUGUCAGAGAUUCAUUGUUAACAUGCCAACAAACUAGAAUCUGUACAAUAAAUCAGAUGUCCCAGUCUC